UUACAAAAAUAAUUGUUAUAAUGAAGUAGAUACCACAAUAUGUCUAAACUCUUAUUCUAAUUAUUAGUCGACACAUAAAUUUUAAGCAAAUAAAAUAACUUUUAGCAUACACAUGUAAAUAUAUGAACAAAAUUUGUAUAGUUUCACUGGUCAUGAGUGUGCAAACACGAACCCUGAAUUUUAUUAAAACUUGCUCAGUAAAGAUUAGUAUUGUAAAAGUGUUUGGUUUUUUGAACAUAAUGCGCUUAAGAUUAUGAUACAUAAGAUAUGUAUAUCGAAAUUAUAGCAACGACAUUCAGAUACAGUAUAUUGCAUUUAAACAAAGUUUAAUCCAUAAUAAAACCUUACAUAAGUUUGACUUGGAGUUAGAGUUUAGAUAUCAUAGUAAUUAAUUUUCGAAAUACCGAAGUAAGCAUUGGCGUAAUUAUAUAUUACUUGGUUUGAGAUCUCAUUGCAUUUCAAUCGAAUUAAAAAUCAUGUCAUAUUUUUUAACACAUUACAUAUAUGUAUACAUACUUAUACUCGUAUAUUUUAGGAUUCAUGUAAUGGCAGGACUCAUUGAAGGAGAUUCAAACGAACAUUUGGUUACCUACAAAAGCAAUUUAAAAUAUUCAGCGGACAUUUUAGAAAAGGAGGACAUGAUGGGCUUGAUUGAACCGAUCAACAAAUAUGCCUUGCCGUCAUACUUUAUGAACUCAUACGAAACAGCAUGUAGCAUAAUAAGAGAAAUAAACAGCAACCAUUUGAGAUUAUUGGUGGAUCUAUAUCAUUUGCAACACAUUACGGGAAAUAUAACACAUGCCUUCGCUGACUUCAAAGACAUAAUAGGACAUAUUCAAAUUGCUCAAGUUCCUCAUCGGCAUGAACCUGAUGUUGCCGGAGAACUAGAUUUUAGUUACAUUUUCGACUUAUUAAAAAUGUCUGGAUAUGAUGGCUGGAUUGGAUGCGAGUAUAAGCCAAAAACUAACACCUUGGAAGGCUUGAAAUGGAUAAAAAACUAUAAUAUACAAUUAUAAAUAAAUUAGUUAAAUUUACACUUCCAUAUUUUGUAUACCUUUGCAACAAAAUACAAAAAUUUUGUUCACCUGAGGUUGGUUUUAUAACCUAAACGAAAUCUGAAAAAAUAGAUACAGAAUUAUAUAAAUGAUUUGGAUACAGAGUUGAAUUCCGUGUAAUUUGAGGGCCAAUUAAUAAAAUUCGCUGAAACUUGAAA